AUGCCGGGACCCGCAGCUGCGCGCAACACGCCGCCGGACGAGCUCGAGGAGCUCCUCGAGGUCGCGCUCGGCCGCGUCGCCGACUUGCUGGCGACGGCGCGCGGGCCCGACCAGGGGCGUGGGACCGCCUUCGUGCUGACGCGCAUCGACGCGGAGAGCUCCACGCGCACCCGCGACAUCCAGGCCACCUCGACGUUCCUGCACUGGGACUCGAGCGUCGCCUUGGAGGCGUUUUGCAGCGCCAUCAGCGUCGACGACAGGCAGCUGCGCGCCAAGCGGGGCAGCGACGGCGCGUGGCGGGUGGAAGCGACGAUCGUGGCCGGCGGUGGAGGGACGUGCGGCCCCGUGGACUGCACGCCCGCCGUCGACCUCGCAGCGGGGGCCCUUCAUGCCACAGCGCGCGCGGCCUCAGCGGCACAGAACGCGCACAUGAAGAAGAACACGCGCGCCCGGACCGUCUUCUACGAGCCCGUCGACGUCGACCCGGGCCUCUGCGUCGACGUGGCCGGCGGCUGGUCGCCCGACAGGCCCACCGUCAUCUCCCUCGCGCGCUACCACACGCCGGUGAGCCCCGCCGGGGACGAGCGACGCGCCCGCCGCACCGCGCAAGAGACUGUGCGGGGUCUGCGCGGCACCGGGGCCCUGCGGUCGCUGAGCGAGGACGCGCUCGUGUCGCCCGAUUCGAGUGGCGUCGCCGCGCGUCUGGACGACCAGCGGCGCGCCUGGGGCGCGGCGGGACGGUUCCCGGGGAUCGCGAUCAACGUGGUGCAGAGCAACGUGGUGCAGAUGCCUUGGGUGUUCCUCACGCUGCCGCCAGGCAUGCGCUGGCGGACCAAGAGGGCUCGCCGCGGGGCGGUGCAGGGGCACAGGCGCCUCGUCGCGGAGGCCGCCGAGCCCUGCGCGGCGGGCCCGCUGCCUCCGCCCACGGAGCUCACCUGGAAGGCCUGCGUGGACAAGUUCGUCGCGAUUCGCGCCAAGCACGGGGACUACGCGGCGUACGGUGUGGGGGCCGCGACGGUGAUGCGGUGCGUGAUCGAGGCGUACAGCGAGAGCACGGGGUCGCCCAAGGCCAUGGCGCGGAUCGACGACGCGAUCGCGGAGCGGAUGGGGGUGGCGUUGGCGCGAGCUGUUGCGCAGGCCUGCGCCGCGCGCCUCCCCGGUUCGGUCGACACGUCGGUGGACGUCUAG